CUAGGAUAAAAAUAAUACUUGAAAACGAUGUGGUUGUUGUUCUUAACACAGAAUAAAAUAACGGACGGAUGCGGGUUAUUGUACACAGAAGGCUUAACGAACCAUAAUUCCAGGCGGCUAACAACCACUCCUUUGUAUACAUCACAAAAACAAUCGCGCACAUUAAUUGGCUGUUCCGAACACUCCUGUCCCUUGUGGGCGAUUAAGGUUGCUCAUAAUCAAUCCUUAAUCAAGCCAUCAUUUCAGUCAAGCGCAGAGCAUGAAGGUCAGUUACAAAGACAAUGUGCUACCACCAUUUGGUUGUGUCUUUGACGGUUACGACCAUACUGGAACCUUCUUGUAACCCAAGAACCGAUGAUUACACUUCAAAGAGUUAAUGACUGCUAUUCCGAAUGAGGGAACCUGCGCUAAAUUCGUCCAGAGAUCGGAGACGAAAUGGAUCACGUGAAUCAACAUCGAACCCCCAGCGAAGCAGAAGAAGUGGCGCAUCUGCGCUUGCGUCGAACGAGAAAUUGCGGAAAGUCCAGACCGAAGCAACAGUGUCCGAUGUAAAGAUGGCGCUCACUUGCAAAGUACAAUACCUGGAUGACACAGACCCUUUCGCCAGCACAAAUUUCCCAGAGCCAACUCGGCCACCAACGUAUACUUUCCACUUAAAUAUUCCGCUAUGCCAGCAAGUAGAUGGAUUACAUCGACUGUUAUGCGCACCGCACGCAAUCGACGAUGUGGCACUUCAACUAUCGCAUAAUGGAUGCUAUUUGGAACUGGAAAAUACUCUAGAGGAACAAGCAGAUUUAUUAGAAGGCUUUCUCGAUAGCCGCAAAAACACAAUAAUAUUACGAACGUCGCUGUCUGUUCGUGUGCAUAAUUGUAUAGGUAAGGUAUAAUAAUAUUCUUGUCUAGUAUAAAACAUAUUUAUACAUUAAAAUCACUUUUCGAAUCUUAUGCUAUAGCGGAUAUUAAGCCGUCGUUUCAUUGACAACAUAACCUCAAUUGUUGUCAGGAGUUCAACCUCUCACUAGAGUUCGAUUCACAACUGUUGAUUCAAGACGAAGUUUAACUAAAUGUUUCAAGCUUUCUCCCUCAGCUGUUCACUAAGUGUUAUCCAGCUGUUUGGAGCAUUUGAUUAGAAUUUAUUUCUAACGCAUGUAGAGAAAGCAAGAGACGGAAUUCAGUGCUCUUUUGCUAAAAUCAUGAACGUUUGACUGUGGUAUUCCAAACUUGCGGUCAUACAAAUGAUCUUUCGUUAUUAGAAUUUUUGAAAGGGUUUAGGAACAUUUAGGUAUUUAAAACCAAGCGUUGAUGUUACAAAUUUCACAUGUAAUGUGCGUAACGUUUCCAGGGGAGCAAACGAUCCUUAAAACCAUAUGAUGUUUCCACGAAUAAUUACUCUUCAGUAGUGAUUUGCAUAAAAAUAGAGUUUCAUAAUCUCAGAACACCUCAAGUGACCCAGUCCUAUGAGGAUCUGUUUGUUUAAUGAUAGAUAUAGCUUAGCAAAAGAACUUCGUGUGAAUUAGAAGCUAUGCCGUGAUCAACACAAGACGGUAAAUCUAUACACCGGUGUUAGCGGGUUUCUAGUUUUUAAGCUUUAUGUCAUCGCAUCUUUUAGGUGCACUGUGCAUUUCAUUCCUUGCGUCAAAUCCUUGAUUGUACAAUAUUGGUUUUGACCGCUUAAAUAAAUAUUUUACCACGGUCGGUGAUCUUGAAACGCUUUUUGAUAGCAUAACACUACAAAUUGUUGAAACGAUGGAUUUUGGGAGAUUCCUUGAGUUGUUUUACUGAAAAUCGAAUAGUCAGACAUGACAGCAAACAUUGGUACGACCUAUUGGUUGCUAAUUAGAUUAAUUUAGAAUUUCUUGAUUUUGUACAUUUCACCUCGAUAUCGCUGUGUUGGACAGAUAAAUUUUGGGCAUUAUUUUUUGUUAACAUAUAUGAACAAAU